AUAUAUAUAUAUAUAUAUAUAUAUAUAUAUCAGUGGUGUGCGGUGGUGUUUUAAAAUGAGGAGGCAAAGUCCUUGAUUUUUUUAUAUAUAUUAUUUGUGAGCUAAUGUUCAGCUUUUCUUUUUAAUAGUCCAUUUAUUUUCAGCAGUCAUCAAGCUUGUACACACUGGUCAGUGGUCACAGACAUGAAGAUGUACCUUUAAUUUCCCCAAGCUGAGUGCUCACUAAAAACCCUGCAGUCAUCAUGUUUUCUGCCAUUUCAGGUUUGCUUUUGAUGUGACAUAAUGCGGUAUCUAAGGGGAUCUGCUCUUCGUACUACACGGGAAUUUCUAUCUUGUAAAGCUUCUUCAACAAAAUUUACCAAUAAACGUCGGAAUAUUCCCAUCAGCCUACAAGUGACGAACAUGAAUGAUCCAGAAUCCUGCAGAAUAAAACAUGAAGAUACUGAAGAACUAAUAGAAAUGACAGAAGAAAACAAGGAGAGUGAAGAAUUUACUGAAGUGGAGGAGAAACAUGAUGUCAAAUCCAUAAAAAAAUCUUUGUCGAAAAGAAGUUCCAAACAAUCUUUUACUUGCUUUCACUGUGGAAAGAGUUUCUCAUACAAACAUAAUUUGAAACAUCACAUAAGGGUUCAUAGUGGAGAGAAACCUUUCACAUGUGAUCAGUGUGGGAAGAGUUUCACACAAAAAAGAAUCCUUAAAGAACACAUGAAAAUCCACACUGGAGAGAAGCCGUACACAUGCGAUCAGUGCGGGAAGAGAUUCGCACAUGCAAACGCUCUUAAAUUACAUCUGCGUUCUCAUUCUGGAGAAAGACCAUAUAACUGUGAUCAAUGUGGUAAAAUGUUUUCAAGGGCUGAAUGCCUAAAGAGACACUUGAAAGUUCAUAAAAAGGAGAAGCCUUAUGUUUGUUCUUUGUGUGGAAAGAGUUUUUGUCAGAUGGGUGCAUUAAAAAUACACCAGGAAAGACACAGCGGUGUGAAGAAUCACAUGUGCUUUGAUUGUGGAAAGACCUUUAUUAGAGAUGCUGAACUGAAACAGCACCAGAGGACUCACACUGGAGAAAAACCUUACAAGUGUUCACACUGCGAAAAGAGAUUCAGUCAGGCAGGACACAUGAAAAUACAUGAGAGGAUUCACACUGGAGAGAAGCCGCACACAUGUGAUCAAUGUGGGAAGAGUUUUGCACAUGCAAACACUCUUAAAUUACAUUUGCUUUGUCAUUCCGGAGAAAAACAGUAUAACUGCGAUCAGUGCAGUAAAACAUUUGUUUUGGCAGUAUCCCUGAAGGUCCACCUGAGAGUUCACUCAAAGGAGAAGCCUUACAUGUGUUCUUUGUGUGGAAAGAGUUUUAGUCAGCUGGGGGGUUUAAAAAUACACCAGAAAAGACACAACGGUGUGAAGAAUUAUGUGUGCCUCGAUUGUGGGAAGACCUUUAUUACAAAUGCUGAAUUGAAACUGCACCAGAGAACUCACACUGGAGAAAAACCUUACAAGUGUUCACACUGUGACAAGAGAUUCAGUUGGUCAGCAUGUCUGAAAAUACACGAGAGGAGCCACACUGGAGAGAAGCCGUAUCACUGUCCUUCAUGUGGGAAGAGUUUUAGUAAAUUAGAUUCUCUACGCAGCCAUACAAAAAGAAAAUGUCCAUUGCAAUAAAAGCUUCCUUCCAUAUAAAUCUUUCCUAGCCAGCUGCAACAAGUGUCUGGACAAAGAACCGUCAUCCAAAGUUGUCAGUGAGAUUCUGAUGCACAAAACGAGGCUAUGACACUUUUAAGUGAGACGUGUGUCUGAUAUACUGUAUAUAAAUAACAUGAAAAAAUACACUUUAAAAACACUCAUUGGGACACUUUAAAAACAUCCAAUUCUUAUUCCAAUGUAGGCCAUUUGGGAACACAAAGUCUGAUGUGCUUUGUGUUUCAUGCUAAGUGUUGCACUGUUGUCAUUUAAAUGCAUGAGGCAUGUCUCAUCAGCUCAGUUAACAAACAUAUGCUGUGAGUUUCAGCUUUCAAGCUUACUCAUUCUGGAGAAAGAUCAUUUAACUGUGAUCAGUGUGGUAUUUUUGUUUGUUUGUUUUUUUUUACACAAGAAAACACAGUGGUGUGAAGAAUCACAUGUGCAUUGAGUGCGAGAAGAUUUUUACUACAGAUGUUGAAGUGAAACAGCACUUUUUUGUUUUUGUUUUUUGCACAAAGCACUCACGUCACUUCACAAAAUUGAGGUUAAACCACUGGAGUCAUAAGGAUUACUUUAAUGAUGUCUUUACCAUCUUUCUGGGGCUUGAAAGUAGUAGUUGCGUAGCUGUCAAUGGAGGGAGAGAAAGCUCUCAGAUUUCAUCAAAAAAAUCUGUAUUUGUAUUCCGAAGAUGAACAAAAGUCGGAAAAACUGCAAAUCACAAAUCAAACCACUGUGUGUACCAGUGGAGCUUUGCUGACAUCUAUUGCAGAAAAAUUGGUACAGCUCCCAAUUUUUUAAAUAACAUAGGCCUACAUUUUCGCCUUGCUGUGACAAUGUCACCACUAGUGUCAUCGCUCUUUGAUGUGAGGCGAGCAUUAAAGUCACCAAGAAAUAAAAAUUGACAAUUCUUAUUUUUAUAGAAUAUUGCAUAUUUAUUCUAAAUGAUUUAUCUGUGCACAUUUAUUAUUUUCUAUAAUCCAUGUGCCCUUGUAAUCUUUAUUCGAAAUAUCAUCUCCUCCCUCUUGCGUAGAUUUAUACAAUCAUAAAUGCAAUUUUGAUUUCUUGGUGACUUUAAUGCUCACCUCACAUCAAAGAGCGAUGACACUAGUGGUGACAUUGUCACAGCAAGGCGAAAAUGUAGGCCUACGUUAUUUAAAAAAUUGGGAGCAGUACCAAAUUUUCUGCAAUAGAUGUCAGCAAAGCUCCACUGGUACACACAGUGGUUUGAUUUGUGAUUUGCAGUUUUUCCGACUUUUGUUCAUCUUCGGAAUACAAAUACAGAUCUUUCUGAUGAAAUCUGAAAGCUUUCUCUCCCUCCAUUGACAGCUAUGCAACUACUACUUUCAAGCCCCAGAAAGAUGGUAAAGACAUCAUUAAAGUAAUCCUUGUCACUCCAGUGGUUUAACUUCAAUUUUGUGAAGUGAUGUGAGUGCUUUGUCUGUGCAAAAAACAACAACAAAAAAGUGCUUUUUUUUUUUUUUUUUUUUAAAUCAAAGUGUGUUUUUCCACCAUUUACUAGAAUAUGAUGGCAGAAUAAUGGACAAAGUUUGAAGUUUAAAUGACUAACUGUACGCCAUCUGUACUUCAAACAUUAUUUUAGUAAGACAGUUGGUUAAUUCCCAUGGGUAUUUGUUUUCAUAUACUGAAUUUCUCCAAAAAUUCCAAUUGCCAGUUAAACCAAGAGAGUUGCUGUUGUUCUUGACGCGAUUCCAAAGAGCGUGACAUUACUUUUAAAGAACUGUAGUUCAGUGGAAAUCAUACAUGCUCGUCGAACAUGUACAUAAGAACUGUACGCCAUCUGUACUUCAAACAUAGUUUUAUAAAUGAGCAAUUUACGCUGUAUAUAAAAAUGAAUUUAAACAGCAUAUAUUGAUCUGUUUUAACAAAUGGCUUGGGUAUAAUGAGAAUUAUUGUAGCCUUCUAAUUUAACAAAGAAAAACAAGAUAAGACACAUGACAGUGCUAAACAUGGGAGACAUGCACUAGAUUUUAAAUCUAGUCUAUAGCGCCCUCUAGUGUCUGACUCAUAUAAACUCGAUGUCUAAGAUGCUUUUAAUAGUUCUCGCUGAGCAUUUCAGUUAGGCUACAUGGCGUUUAGACAAAGUGACAAUGCUCCUUUUGUUGUUGUGUUGUUUUAAAUACUUUUUUAUUUUAUUAUUAUUUUUGGGGGGGUAUUUGUUAAGUUUUUUAUAAACUGAUUUCGUCUCGUGGUGAUGACGUCAUCGCCAAGUCAGUUGCGAGUCUUCUGGAGUGAGAUGAGCUGCGCGCGGUAUAUUUACACAAAUAUAAAAAUAUAUAUUUUUAGUUACAUUGUUAAAAUAAAAUAUAUACUUUAAGCGUUACUGCUAAGUACUUCUAGCCUGUGAGGAGCGACACGCGAUGUUUUAAAUCCAUCACGAGGUACAAAAAAUGCGAGAAUGUUGCAAAGUCCCUUUUAGACUUUGAUGUGGGUAAAUAAGAAAGAUUUGACUCUGGAAACAUUAAAAUAUUGCUUUGUGGUACAAUUUUAACGAAGGUUUUAUGAUCGCUGUAGUUUCUAAACAUUCAAAACAGUAACAAUUUAUUGAUCUAAUACCUUUGUUGUUAUUAACAUAGUUAUUAUUUAGAUUGAAAUGUACACAACUGCUGUACGUAUGUUUACCUAUUGUACUAUACUGCCAACUGCUCUAAAAAUGGGUGUCGUUUGUCUGUUUUGAUGUAUUUUUAAUGUUUUAUUCAUCUCAAAACUACUCCCCACUUUUGAUAUCUACUAUAGUUACAUCUCUUAAGCAUUUAUUCAAGUGUAGUCUUUUAUGUAGUCUUUUAGGCAUGUUACAUGUAGAAACAGCAAUAACACUAAAAAGAAAUGAGCAAAUACUCAGCUAAGUGACCAGUUAAAUUUGUGUUAUUUAUUGUUGCUUACAAAUAUGUACAUUUAUUUCGAAGUUUAUUUAUUCUUUCCUUUUCUUACAUUAUAGUUGGAUUGUCCACCCAACAGUUCACCUCCUGUGAACCUUCUCCCUAUGACAUUUCAACAAUAAAAGCUGGAAUGUUCCCAUCAGCCUACAAGUGAAGAGAGAGUUUAUGAAAAAAAACUUUGAGAACAUGAGUGAUUCAAAACCCUGCAAAAUGAAACAUAAAGAUACUGAAGAACAAAAAGGUUGGUGUUUUAUUCUUGAUUCUUCAUGCUGAAGAACAUAAAAUUCAAGAAUUCAUGGAAAGCUGCAGGGACAUGAAAUUAAUAUAUAAAAAUAAUAAAAAUGAUUAUAAUAUUG